UUUUUUCCUUUACUCCCUUGACGGCCUUUGUGUACAUAGGUUAUACCGCAUGGAUAUAUGGAUUGGACUGCCGAAUAGCGCUGGCAUGGGUUUUUUGGGAAGCGAUGGGUAUGGUGGAGAAGUUGACUGGUUUGCUUCAAAUUCCACGGGUCUGUCUACGUCUUUACGAUCUGUGACUGGUGUAGGUUGUGGUGUAGGCGGGAGAGCAAAAGAGCUUCCGGGUGGUAUUGCCAUGGUGGCUGUCGUCUACUGUACGUUGUAGGUGAGCGAGCUGCGACAGGGUUCGGGGGGUUGGCAUAAGUGAGGCGGACUAUCACGCAUACCUCGUACCUGACAUGAUACAGACCUGCGGAGUCCGAAGUUGCAUUUCUCUUACCUGCCGUUGCUUACGAAUCAAAAAGGUAGCGGCGGGACGUGGGGUGGUGGUGUGUUUUGCCCCUGUUUCUCCCGUCGGUGUAAGUCAACAGGGCCGGGUAGACAUGAGGCGUCAGACGGGAGU